AAAAAAUCGUUCAGCUGCUCUGAGUGUGGUAAAAGAUUUAACCAAAGGGGCAAUCUAAAUAGACAUAUGAGGAUUCAUACAGGAGAGAAACCGUUUAGUUGCCCUGAGUGUUGUGAAAGAUUUAGCCAUAGGGGCAGUCUAAAUAGACAUAUGAGGAUUCAUACAGGAGAGAAACCGUUUAGUUGCACUGAGUGUGGUGAAAGAUUUAACCAAAGGGGCCAUCUAAAUACACAUAUGAGGAUUCAUACAGGAGAGAAAGCGUUUAGUUGCUCUGAGUGUGGUGAAAGAUUUAACCAAAUGGGCAAUCUAAAUACACAUAUGAGGAUUCAUACUGGAGAGAAACCGUUUAGUUGCCCUGAGUGUAGUGAAAGAUUUAACCAAAGGGGCCAUCUAAAUACACAUAUGAGGAUUCAUACAGGAGAGAAAGCGUUUAGUUGCUCUGAGUGUGGUGAAAGAUUUAACCAAAGGGGCAAUCUAAAUACACAUAUGAGGAUUCAUACAGGAGAGAAACCUUUUAGUUGCUCUGAGUGUGGUGAAAGAUUUAACCAAAGGGGCAGUCUAAAUACACAUAUGAGGAUUCAUACGGGAGAGAAACCGUUUAGUUGCUCUGAUUGCUCUGAGUGUGGUAAAAGAUUUAACCAAAGGGGCCAUCUAAAUACACAUGUGAUGAUUCAUACAGGAGAGAAACCGUUUAGUUGCUCUGAUUGUGGUAAAAGAUUUAACCAUAGGGGCAGUCUAAAUACACAUAUGAGGAUUCAUACAGGAGAGAAAGCGUUUAGUUGCUCUGAGUGUGGUAAAAGAUUUAACCAUAGGGGCAGUCUAAAUACACAUAUGAGGAUUCAUACAGGAGAGAAAGCGUUUAGUUGCACUGAGUGUGGUAAAAGAUUUAACCAAAGGGGCCAUCUAAAUACACAUAUGAGGAUUCAUACUGGAGAGAAACCGUUUAGUUGCUCUGAGUGUGGUGAAAGAUUUAACCAAAGGGGCCAUCUAAAUAGACAUGUGAGG